GUUUUAUCCCUUCCUCUCUUUCUCUGCCUCUUCCUUGGUAAAAUUUGGUUGGCGUUCACCCUCGCCCUCUCCUCUACUACUACUGUUCUUCUCUCCAUUUGCCUUCUCCAGGACGCGAAGAUGCUGAAGAGAUUGCUAACCAAGCCCAAGAAGGAGCCCCCCUCGGCCCUCUCCACCUUAGAUCGUCUCCACGAGACACUAGAAAUGUUGGAGAAGAAAGAGCAUGUUCUUCAAAAGAAAAUCUCCAUUGAAGUUGAAAAGGCAAAGGAUUGCACAAAAGCAAAAAAUAAAAAAGCUGCUAUUCAAUGCCUAAAGAAGAAGAAAUUAUAUGAAGCACAGAUAGAACAGCUGAGGAACUUCCAGUUACGAGUCCACGAUCAGGUAUAUCAUAUGAUUGUGCUUGAAGGUGCAAAGGCAACUACUGACGUUAUAGAUGCUCUGCAGGCAGGAUCAUCUGCUGUUAAGUCCAUGCAACAGUCAUUAAGCAUUGAUGAUGUAGAGAAGACCAUGGAACAAGCAAACGAGCACACAGAAAAUAUGAGGCAGAUACAGGAGGCACUUGCAAUGCCAGUGGGUGCUGCAGCCGACUUCGACGAGGAUGAACUUGAAGCUGAGCUUGAAGACAUGGAAGGAGAAGAACUGGAAGAAGAGCUCCUCCAGUCACCUUCUACAGUCCCUGCCGCACCAUUGCCGAAUUCAAAUCAACCUCGGAGAGAAACCCCACAUCCAGCCAGUGAUGUGGAUGAAUUGGCUGCACUUCAGACAGAAAUGGCUCUGUAGCUUAUGAUGCAUAGCCGGCACGGGUUUUAAUGUGCCUUCACUUAUCUGGCUAUCCAUCUCAUGCCUCCCUUCUGAUCUUAUCAUAUCAGACUCGACUCUCGAGUUUUCUGUACAUAAAUAUUAGAGAAAUAUAACUUGACCAACUAUGAAACUUGUAUCAAUAUUGGCCUUGAUGUAUUAACGGUAUACUAGUUCUGGAUGUUUUAUCUCGUAAGUCUGGUAUUUUAUCCUUAAGUAAA